AUGGCUAAAUACCUUGUCACGCAGGCAACCGGCUACCAAGGCCGAUUGACAAUCACGCACCUUUUGGCGGCUGGCGCCAAAGUCCACGCGCUUGUGCGCGACCUUCAGCGAAUCCCGCCAAUCCUCCAGAGUCCUGGAGUGACAGUUUUCAAAGGGAAUAGUCACGAGUUCGAGGAAGUGUUUCAAGCAGCUCAAGGCUGCGCAGGUGUCUAUUUGAACACUUUUCCUAUCCCGGGCUUGGAAACGCAGCAGGCCAAGACCGUCGUCGACGCCUGCAAAAAGGCAGGGCUGAAGACUAUUGUUGUCUGCACCACCUUCUGUACGGGGAACAAGGCCAUGUGGGACGAUACAGUGACAGAAGAAUGUGACUUGCGUGGGUAUUAUUCCUCCAAGGCCGAAGUCGAGGAUAUUGUACGCCGGGCCGGCUUUGACGCCUACACCAUUCUCCGACCAGCAUUUCUGCAUGUUGACUACAUGACUCCCCAUGCUUAUGGAAACUUCCCAAGACUCCCGACACACGGGGAGUUAGAUCACGCAUACAAUGAUGGCGUCCGAAUGUCCCAGACGGAUGCAAACGACGUUGGCAAGUACGCUGCGGCUGCGUUGCAGAACCCUGCCAAGUUUGGUGGCCACGAAAUCGAUCUUGGAAACGAAAAUUUCACCAUUCAAGAGGUUCGUGACAUUCUUGUUAGGGUCAGCGGCAGACAGGUUCAAGCAGGAAGGAGGAGUCCACAGGAAAUCGAGGAGGCCAAAACCACCGUCCCGGGUCAGAAAUUCCAGUUGUGGGCCAACUUCAAGGACUUUAGCGGUGGUGUGGCCACUGCUAAGGAAGUGCAGGCCAAGUUCGGCAUUCCGUUUACUUCACUUGAGAUGGCCUUGAAAAGAGACAAGGAGCGCCUUUUGGAGUGUCUGCCAGCCCAGGCUAGUGUCGUGUGA